CGGUGCUCCAGAAAGGAAAGUCAGAGGAGACAGUCGACAGCGGAAAGAAUGAACAGAAUGGACAGGGCAGUGAGGACCCCCCGAAAUCGAAAACCCUGGAAGCCAAAUUUAAGGCAAUGAAGCCGAAAAUAAAAGUGCCCGAGUUGAAGUUUAAGUCGCUGGAUUGGAAGGCAAAGGUAAUGCCUCCUCCCAAGGUUCCCUUUUUUGGGGGUAAUAAAGCGGAUGCACUUAGCGCCGCUCCAUCGGAGGAAGUGCCUCCAGAAGGAGCAGACCCCGGCCUGAGGCCAGCCAAGUCGAUCAAGUCGAUGAAGUCAGCCAAGUCGAUAAAGACAACCAAGUCGAUCAAAUCGGGAAUGUUAAAAUUUGAUAAGGUUAAGGCACCCAAAGGACCGAAGCCAAAAUGGAAGAUCCCCGAUCUGAAGCUCAAAGGAUUAGGAGAGAAGGGUAAUAAUGUGGCAAGGGGGGAGAUUGAAAGGAAGUCCAGUAAUGUGGGAUUGACUUGCCAGCAGGGGGUAGAAGCAGCAGGAAGGAUGGAGGAAGGGGAGCAGACAGAGUUAAGAAAAGGCCAGUCGAAUGAUAAUGGCUCCCUCGCGGGAAGAGACGAAACAGGCAGAAUCAAAAGGAUGCUGCACAUGAGCAAGUACCUUGACACUGGAAACGUUGCUAGUCACUUGAGAGGUCACAGCGUGAAUGCAUCGCAGGAUACGGAAAAGGAAUCCUAUUCGUCAGCCAAAGAGGAGAACGUCGAGGUGAUGCACAAGUAUAGCGCGUCCAUCUCGAAAGGUCCCUACAGUAAAAACUUCGUGCCUUUGUGUUAUUACAACAACGAUGUAUAUCAAGGUGGGAUGGGGAGUGGGUGCUCCAUGUUUUUCCCUCCUGGGUGGUACUACGUCCCCAUGUGUGCGUAUGGCGACUCCGGGUGGGCGGAGCCCUCAGGCGGUUGGAAGUCGGUGGGAGGGGGGGCGGUAGGAGGAGCGGCAGGAAUGGGCCAAAUGGACGGAGGAGAGCUAACCACAAAUGGGGCACACCGGGAGAGAAAAAAUGAGAAGACGAAGAAGAAGAACAACAGAGGAGGUGAACGAACAAGGGGACCAGGAAGAAAGCAAAGUGAUACGCUGGUCGCUGCUGGGCAUUUAAAACCGUUGCAGUUUAGGGAGGGAGUCGAAUGGAGUAGCGAAGAUGAGAAGUAUCUCAAUGCAGAUUUUUCUAUCGAGGAGGAGCGGCGAGAGAGGACAAAGAAGUACAGAAAGGGGCGGGACAGGGAGGUCGGAAGCUCCAUUGGGGAUACCAAGUGGUACGAAAUUGAGCGCCGGUUGAACAACUGCCGGGGGGUUGUCCAGCGGAGCGAAGCGGAAGAGGAGGAGGAGGAAGAAGAACAGGAGGAAGGAGAAUAUGAGAAAUACGAGGAAUGCGAGGCGCUAAACGGCGCGGACCGUGGCUACUACGUGGACUGCAGCGACGGAGAGGGAGAGGACAGCUGCGAUGACGACACGAAGUACAUCGGUGGGGUGGGCAGUGAGUACCACUACGCGGGGGACACCGAAUGUGAGGAGAGCGCCGGGGGAUCAGCCGAGGGAUCAGCCGAGGGAUCAGCCGAGGAGGGGAUCGACGCAACGGGGGAGUACCCAAACAGACGAGGGAAGAAGAAGCUCACAAAGAACACACGGAGGGGGAACCCCCGCACGAGGAACUCCUUGGAGGAAAGCUACUCCUUCGACUAUGACAACAUUUACCAGAAUUACAAAAUAGGGUACCUGAGGGAGAGGCUGAAGUGGGCGAAUGAGUAUCUGCGCAGGGGGGGGGAAAAGACCUCCAACAACCCCUCGAAGAACGCACCCUCGAGGAGCACCCCCUCGAAGAGCACCCCCGCGAAGAGCACCCCCGCGAAGAAGCACAAAGAACGCCUGAACGACAUCGCUCACCUGUUCCUCCCAAAAAACAAGAAGCACCAAAACAUAUUCGAUCUUUCUCUGAAUUUCUCCAGAAUUUCAGAUAGCGACAAGGAUGAUAUAAUUAGGAUGCUUUUUUCUUGUAGAGAGUUGGAAAAGCUAAUUGAAGAGCAACACUGCGUGCUCGAUAUGUUGGACAAUGACUUAAGGGAGGUGAACGCAUCGUUGAAGUUACCACCCACAUGGAAUAACCUGAACCAUUUCGAGGUACUCCAAGAAAGCAUCCUGAAUUCGGAAAGCAACGAAGGGCUACCCCUUAACAACACUCCUUUUUUUAUUAAGGGGAAGGUGGCUUUGAUCCCGAAAAAUUUGGACUCCUUCUUCGACAAAGCUUUGGUGGGGCACAACGUGUCGGGAGUGACGGAAGUGGCCAACACGUUGGGAGUGGCCAACACGUUAGGAGUGGCCAACGUGUCGAAAGCAGCCGACGUGUCGAAAGCAGCCGACGUGUCGAAGGUGGCCAACGUGCCGAAAGCAGCCGACGUGUCGAACGCGCCGGGCGUGUCCGCAUCCUUUGGCUACUCGCAGCCCGCGGGCGCCCCCUCGAACAGCAAGUAUAUGCCCAAGUUCGCCAAGGCUAAGGUGAAGCCGAAGGUGUCGCUGCUUUUGAAGAAGGCCGCGUGA